CGGUGUCCCCGGCAGUUGCAGGGGCUGGCCCUGGUGACGGUGCCGGUGACGCCAGGGGCGGGGAGGGCCCAGCAGCGCUGCGGGAUCGGCCCGGCAGAGCCCGGAGGAGGAGGAUGCGCGAAGUACCGCUGUGAGCCCCGGGAAUGUCCCCCUGCGCCCGGCCACGGCACGGACAGACCCCCAGAGCUGCUCCUGCGGGAUGGGGAGUGGCUGAGCCAGGGCUUCUCCUCAUAUAAUGGAGGAGGGAUGAAUGGCACGAGCACCAUGACGGAUUUCCUGGAGGAGCCUCUGCCUGGUGUGGGCGCCUACGAAGAUUUUAACACCAUAGACUGGGUGCGAGAGAAGUCCAGGGAUCGAGACAGGCACAGGGAGAUCACCAACAGAAGCAAAGAGUCCACCUGGGCCCUGCUGCACAGCGUGAACGAUGCCUUCUCUGGCUGGCUGUUGAUGCUCCUUAUUGGUUUGUUGGCAGGUUCCUUGGCAGGUCUGAUCGACAUCUCUGCCCACUGGAUGACAGAUCUGAAGGAAGGAGUGUGUUUGGCAGGGUUCUGGUUCAACCAUGAGCACUGCUGCUGGAAAUCCAACACCACCUUCACUGACAGGGACAAGUGUCCUGAGUGGAAGAGCUGGUCCCAGCUGAUCCUUGGCCAUGGAGAGGAGGCCUUUGCAUAUAUCCUCAACUACUUAAUGUACAUUAUUUGGGCCUUGAUGUUCUCCCUCCUUGCUGUGCUCCUGGUGAAGGGCUUUGCUCCCUAUGCCUGUGGCUCAGGGAUCCCAGAGAUCAAAACUAUCUUAAGUGGUUUCAUCAUUAGAGGCUACCUGGGCAAGUGGACGCUGGUCAUCAAAACCAUCACCCUGGUGCUGGCCAUGUCCUCGGGGCUGAGCCUGGGCAAGGAGGGGCCCCUGGUCCACGUGGCCUGCUGCUCUGGGAGCAUCCUGUGCCACCUCUUCACCAAGUACCGCAAGAACAAGGCCAAGCGCAGGGAGGUGCUGUCAGCAGCUGCUGCUGCCGGUGUGUCUGUGGCUUUUGGAGCUCCCAUUGGAGGAGUGCUCUUCAGCCUGGAGGAGGUGAGUUACUACUUCCCUCUGAAGACCCUCUGGCGCUCCUUCUUUGCUGCGCUGGUUGCUGCCUUCACCCUGCGUUCUAUCAACCCUUUUGGCAACAGCCGCCUCGUGCUCUUCUACGUGGAGUUCCACAUGCCAUGGUAUCUGCUGGAGCUGGUGCCCUUCAUCCUGCUGGGAAUAUUUGGUGGGCUCUGGGGCUUCAUCUGCAGCAACAUUGCCUGGUGCAGGCGGCGCAAGACAAUGCGUCUGGGCAAGUACCCGGUUCUGGAGGUGUUUGUGGUGAUGGCCAUCACGGCCAUCCUGGCCUUCCCCAACAAGUACACCAGGAUGAGCACCAGUGAGCUGAUCUCAGAGCUCUUCAAUGACUGUGGGAUUUUGGACUCGUCCAAGCUCUGCGAGUACGUGAACGAUUUCAACAGCACCAAGGGGGACGAUCUGCCUGACCGCGCUGCUGGCCCUGGCAUAUACAUGGCCAUGUGGCAGCUGGCACUGGCCCUCAUCAUGAAGGUCUUCAUCACCAUCUUCACCUUUGGCAUGAAGGUGCCCUCGGGGCUCUUCAUCCCCAGCAUGGCCGUGGGGGCCAUUGUGGGCCGGCUGCUGGGGGUGGCCGUGGAGCAGCUGGCCUUCUACCACGACUGGGCCAUCUUCAGCGGCUGGUGCAGCCAGGGGGCCGACUGCAUCACCCCUGGCCUCUAUGCCAUGGUGGGCGCCGCCGCCUGUCUGGGGGGUGUGACCCGGAUGACCGUGUCGCUGGUGGUCAUCAUGUUCGAGCUCACCGGGGGCCUGGAGUACAUCGUGCCCCUAAUGGCAGCAGCCAUGACCAGCAAGUGGGUGGCCGACGCCAUCGGCCGGGAGGGGAUUUACGACGCCCACAUCCGCCUGAACGGGUACCCCUUCCUGGAGGCUAAGGAGGAGUUCUCGCACAAGACGCGGGCCAUGGACGUGAUGCGGCUGUGCGAGAACGACCCUCCCCUGACGGUCAUCACGCAGGACUCCAUGACCGUGGAGGAUGUGGAGACCAUUGUCACCAGCACCACCUACAGCGGCUACCCUGUGGUGGUGUCCCGGACGUCCCAGCGCCUGGUGGGCUUUGUCCUCAGGAGAGACCUCAUAAUUUCCAUCGAAAAUGCCUGUAAGAAGCAGGAUGGGAUUGUAAGCACCUCAGUUAUUUGUUUCACUGACUACUGUCCCCCCCUGCCUCCGAGCUCCCCGUCUGUGCUGAAGCUCAGGAGCAUCCUGGACCUCAGUCCCUUCACGGUGACAGACGAGACGCCCAUGGAGAUCGUGGUGGACAUUUUCCGCAAGCUGGGAUUGCGCCAGUGCCUGGUCACUCACAACGGGAAGCUACUGGGGAUCAUUACCAAAAAGGAUGUACUAAAGCACAUUGCACAGAUGGCCAACCAGGAUCCUGAUUCCAUCCUCUUCAACUAGAGGCAGACUGUAGGGAUUGUGUGUCCCACAUACCUGAAACUUUCUAGCCCAUCCUGGGUAGACUUUCCUAUUUUUAUUGAGACCAUGGAACUGUUUCCAGCAUUUUCCUCCAUGGAGCUGAAGAAGAUAUUUUUUUUCUACCAGAUAACGAAUUGCACUACGGAAUCUGUGGAACAUGAUCUUCUUUUUAGAAGAAAAAAAAGAGACUUUAUUUACAUUGCUUUUGUGAAGUUGCGUUGGAAAGAUUCCAUGAAGGAGUAAAAGCAAAAUGUUAGAGAAUUGUA